CUAGCUAAUUUUAAAAUCCCCUAAACAUAACACUGUUUAAAAUCGAGAGAAAAGCGCUGCUGCUCUCUCUGUACAUGCAAAUUUCACCAGAACACAUAGUAUGAGAAAUUUUCUAUUACUGAAAAAUUGAAUAUCUCCAAUAAAUAAUGUCACCAGAUUUUGAUACGAAAUAUCACAUUUUUUAAUCACAUAUUCAAGACACUUGCGUUCGAACCGGCGAACAAAAAAAAUCAGCUUGUCAAAAACGCUUUAUUUUUGCCUAUAUUCUUUUUACACGAGAUAUAUACUUAUCAUAUGUCAGUUAUGGAAACUAGUUUGAUUGCUAUGAUAAACGUAGGGGGAAGCAAGAAAGAGCGAAAGCGUUAUAUGAAAUAUUAAUGUGUUCUUUACUCUGGAAAGAGAACAUUAUGAGGGAAGGUUUUUAUUCGAGUGAUAUAGUUGUGGCGAGUAGAAGUUAUUUUUUUUUUCGAAAAGUAUGAAGUUCAACAGGAACUAUUACGAUAUUAGUAAAUGGUUCUUGUUGUUGGUCGGUCAGUGGCCUUAUCAGAAGCCGAAAAUGAGACUAAUCAUUUUUGUUGAUUUAUUUAUUUUAGAGUAUCUUCAGUUUUUAUUUAAAAGUUUUUUUGUCUUUCCAUGGGCGCAGGAUAAAUGCAAGUAUAUUUUUCAGAUAGCCCAAUUCAUUAUAUGUGAAAACACACAGUGUAUCUUUCAAACUUUACCUUCGCACUUGUUAGUAUGGAAUUGUCUAGUAAAACUGUUGACGUAUCGAUUUAACAACCAGCAAAUUAAAGAUUUGACUGAUCACUUAUUCGUAGACUGGGAUACUCUGCAGACUCAGCAGGAACGUGAGAUUUUGAAAAAAUAUGCCGAGAAUGGCAGGCGGUACGCGUUGAUAUAUGCCAGCAAGUAAACUCAUCCCUUAUAUUCUUGUACUUAGAAUUUUUUCUAUUCAAUAAAUAUAAAUACGAGCGGCCAUUAAUUGCACACUAGUUUACAGUCAGAAAUUAUUUUCAACCAAAGAAGGUAUUUCUGACAUAUUUUUGAAUGUUAAA